AGGAAGCAGAGGAAAUAGCAGGCAAUGUAAAUAGGUAUUAUUAACUUCGUAAUAACUCCCCUAAGUACAAUCUACUUGCUAAAAAGAGGCACGUCGGCCGUUCGUCUUACAAGGCAGUUAGAAAUGCUACAAGUGGCUGUACUGUCGUGGCAGCCUGUGGACCGCUGGUGCCCCAACUACCAAAUCUCCAGCAUUAAAUGCACUUCCCGCCAGAAUCUAGGUUUCCCGCCCAAUCAGUGGGGACGUUCGUCCGCCCGGGAAGUGAGUUGGAUCGCUCCAAGUGACCCUCAAGAGAUACCGGCUGUUCGUCCCCUGGCCUUGGUAGAUACUCGCCUUGUGGACUGGGUUUCCUCUGAUGACCAUAGGCUUGCCGUGAGGACGUUCGUCGUCAUCCCUGGUGGCCCGUGGCCCUGCUCCUUGUCCUUGCAUGGACGUUCGUCGGGAUGAGCCGCUGGGCCUGAACUCCCAACCCCAGAUGUUCGUCCAUCCUCAAGGAACAUGGACCUGUGGGCUGGCCUUGUGUUCGGACUGGAUGUGCGUCUGGUACGAAGGGAUUAAGGGGCCGGACCUCGGCUUGGGCCAUUAACCCAACAGAAACCAUUUGAUUUCAUUAUUUAAUGUAAAUUGUAUUUUAAUUUUUAUAAACAUUUCAUAUUGUAUCAUGUGAAGUAUUUUACAAAACGAGGUUAAUAAGAUAUUUUAC